CCCCUACGUCAAUCAGUGUCCAUUUGAGUUCUCUUAUUGGGUUGUUCUGUUGUGUAUAAGAGUUUCUGAAGUAGUUUCUGAUUCUUGACACUAGAGAGCAUGGAGACAUCUGUUGACCAGACAAGGGAAGAAGUCUCAUACACCCAGAGUAACCCACUGUUUGACAUGUCACUCAGCAGGACUGAUCUCUACAGUUUCCAGCCUGAUGAUCUGAAGCCAGCGAAGCCCAGAAGACAGUGGUGUUUUAAUGUGAUUGUUGUUUAUCUCAUCUUGCAGACUGCCCUUAAUGCCUUUCUCAUUUAUAAAGUUUUUAAGUUGGAGUCUCUACUGUCUAACCCCAGGUUGGAGAGGCUGACGUCCAAUCAGAUCCCUCUGGACUUUGAUGACAACAUCCCAACUCUCCUCUACAACAACAGUCAAGAAACCAAGACCCUUAGGGGGGACUUGUGGGCCCUGAAGAGCCAGAUCAACAGCCUGUGCGGAGAGGAUGGUCAGUUUCACAGGCUGCAGUCUGACCUGAACCUACUCAACACCAGCACCCUUAUCCUGGAGAGCAAAGUGACGACCAUCAGCCUCAAACCGGGACCUCCUGGUACUCCAGGUACAGAUGGAGCGCACGGUAUUCCAGGCACACCAGGACUGAAAGGUGACAGGGGUGUUGCUGGCCCUCCAGGACCAAAGGGUGAAAUGGGACUCAAAGGACAACCUGGAGAUCCAGGAGUUGCUGGUCCAAUUGGUCCCAGAGGUUUUCCUGGAAUCCCAGGAGCACCAGGGAAUCAAGGACCAGUUGCAAAGGGAGAGAAAGGAGAUCCCGGUGCCCAAGGUGUAAUGGGACCUCCUGGCUUUAAUGGAACUGAAGGUCGUCUUGGACCACAAGGCCCGAAAGGAGAAAAAGGAGACACAGGAAACACACAAGAGGUGACUGUGCGUCUUGUACCGGGGAGAUCCCGAGGACGAGUGGAAGUGAAGUACAACGGGGUCUGGGGCACGGUGUGUGAUGACAGCUUUGACACUGUGGAUGGCAAGGUGAUCUGUAAGAUGCUGGGCUUCCAAACUGUAAUUACCACCUUCACUGCCACCCCAGGCUCUGGUAGAAUCUGGCUGGAUGAGCUGAAAUGUGUAGGAACAGAGUCAGACAUCUUUAGCUGCCUACACAGCGGCAUUGGUAUUAGCAACUGCAACCACAACGAGGAUGCCGGAGUGCAAUGUGUGUAGACUGAAACGACGCUGAAAACCAACAAGAAGAAUGUUGUUCUACACAAACAUGAAGUGACACAUUGACUGACAGGCAUCACACACACACACUCACACACACACACACACACACAUCAGAUGAAUACAUUUUACCUGGGGAUAUAAGCAGAGAGCAAUGCUGACUAAUGAUGUUCACAGCUGGAUCUCAUUACAUAUUAAU